CAGAAACGGACCUGCCUUGUGUGCUCUCAAUGAAGUCGAUGUUCAAUGCACACGUUGCAGAAACCUCUGCCGGUGGUCAUGUCGACCCCAGCCAGGCAGGCAGCAAGGCUGGCAUGCAGGCAGGCAGGCCAUCGCACCUCAAGAGGAGACAGACGAUCUGUCUCACUUCACUACCUACUGUCUUUCGCCCACCUACCCCCAAAACAGCAAAGCUGCCACGCAGACCUUCUGUGUGCUCCCGUCAGCUCAGUUCCAGCUUGGCCUGUGCCCCUGUGACGAACAGCCUCAGAAUGCUCUUGUGGUCCUCCCGCACCUUGACGCAGUUCGAGCUCGGCCCGCCCUCAAACACAGACCGCGUCAGGCCCAGACCGAAACACCCCUUGAUCACCAACUUGCCACGGGCUCCAUUCAGCAGCUGCACACACACUCACAAGCACACACGCAUGCGUCCAUUGCCCGCCCAUCAUGAGUGCACUGAUGAUCACUUGAAAGGUGGUGAGGUCCCAGAGCCAGUUGGGUAGCUGCUUCCAGCAGUACUUCCAGGUCUUUUCGUCACACAGGAUGUCAGGCGGACGAGCCCCACGCGCCACGGCAUCGGUGUGGAAGGCCUCCUCGGCCGACGUGUGGUUGCCAUCUUCCCCCAAGAGAGUCGAUGGGGGAAGCAGACAAUCGCUCUCAAAGAACAAGAUGAUGCCCGGACGCCCUGACAUUGAAAGAAAUGACCAUCACGAAUGGGUGGCAUGGUCCGCAUGGGUAUGGAUGAGUGCAUGAAAGCCCCUUCACGUCUGGUUACCCACCGUCGCACAGCGCGGGCUGUGUUGUCUGGGCAUCGCCAGCCUUCCACAGCCACAGAAGCGAGCAAAGAAGAAGCGGGAGCAUAACUGUGGAAAGGGGAGAGGAACGAGAGCAACUGGCGUUCGAGGAAGAGCGAGACUGGAAGGUCUG